CUGCGGCGCGGGUUUCCCUGCGUCCCGGCGUCUCGCUGCCAUCCGGGGGGAAGAGAUUAGGCAGCAGCAACCUCGGGAGGGAUGAGGAAGGUGGUGGUGCCGUGGCUGCUUCUCCAGGGACCUGUGGGAUUUAAGAGUAUCUCUUCUGAGAAAGUCUGCUGCUUCUACAGCCUUCUGUCUUAGUGUGGAAUUGAUGAUUUCACUUGAAAUAUUUAUCUGAAGAAAUUAACAAUAGGCAAGGUGUAAUUGUUCUUAAAAAUGUUAAAAGUUCAGCAAUGUGUAACAGCUAAUAGGAUACCUAGGAAAAGACCAUAUAUUUGUGACAUUUGCUAUAAACAAUUUGAAACUCCAUCAAAAUUAGCUAGACAUUAUCUGAUACAUACUGGUCAAAAGCCAUUUGAGUGUCAUGUAUGCCAUAAAACAUUCAGACAGCUAGUUCAUCUGGACAGGCAUCAGUUAACCCACAACCUGCCUUUUAAGUGUAUUGUAUGUCACAGAAACUUCAAAAACUUGAUCACUUUCUUUAAACAUCAACAGCUUCAUAAUGAAACUCACCAGAAUCAUAUCAAGCAAGCAGAAAAGUCAGUGGAUUCAAAGCAAGAUAAGGUCUUUUGUGGCAUAUUUCAGUGUUCUGUGUGCUGGAAAUCUUUUACGAGUGAAGAGAAGUGGAUGCUGCAUCAGUGCCCAAAGGCAGAUCAUCUACGUAAUACCAGAAGGAGGAAGAAAACUCAUGCUUGUGAAUCAUGUAACAAGACAUUUCCAUCAAGAUCUAAGCUACAAAGACACUUUCUUAUUCACACUGGCCAGAAACCAUUUAAGUGUUCUUCAUGUGGUAAAUCUUUCAGACAGUCAACACACUUAAAAAUUCAUCAGCUCACACACACAGAAGAAAGGCCUUUUCAGUGUUGUUUUUGUCAGAAGGGGUUUAAAAUACAGAGCAAACUUGUGAAGCACAAGCAGCUCCAUGCCAGAAAUAAGACUUAUCCCAGUAUUAUAUACAAAGCAAAGAAUCCUAAAUAUUCCAGGUCACAAAACUCAUUGGAAGGAAAGAGGGAUAGUUUUGAGGAUGCUGAUACUUGCGAGUCUCAAGAGAAUGACCUCUGUGAUGCUCACUCUAUUUAUAUUGUACCCUAUCAGUGCCCGGUGUGUGAGCAGUGUUUUGAAACAGAACAAGUUCUAAAUUUGCACAGAUGUUUUUAUCUGAGAGAUGACAAAAGUUCAAGUAAUGGUUCAAAAGCAUGCAGCCGCAAAGUCAGCAUGAAAAAUAAAAUUUUGAUGAAGCUGAAGCGUGCUGGUGAAAAGGCAUCAAGUUCUUCUCUGCCUGACAGAAAAAGAAUUAAAUCAAGUCACUUGAGAAGUCAUGACCUGACUGCAGCUAGAGAUCAGCGUUCUGAUCAGAAUGCUUCUGCUAAACCUUUCAAAGAUUGCCACAGCAAGCUUGUCAUGCACAAGGCAAUUAGUAAUAAGAAAAGAAUAGCGUUCCCUUUGCCAUUACCUUGGCAAGAGCACCUACAGCCUCACCAAUUAGGAAUUAAUUUAAAAGAUAGGCGUACUGGUGAAAGAAUGUUAAACAUCAAUGAUUCAGUGCACAAUAAAGAUGAUGCUUUUUAUGGUUCAUCACAUGAUGGUUUCUUUGAUAAUCCAGAAAUUCUUCACUGUGCUUUUUCAACGUCUACUAAAAAUAUACAUAACAGACACAAAGUGUGUAAAUGUGACAGAUGUGAAAAAAUCUUUCCUUCUUCAUCCAAACUUCAAAGACAUUAUCUUAUACACACAGGACAGAAGCCCUUUGGCUGUAAUGUUUGUGGGAAGACAUUUAGACAGUCAGCUCACUUAAAACGACAUCAGCUCACCCAUACUGAAAAGAGACGCUGUAAAAGCCCCGUUUGCCAUGUGAAAUUUGAAAAUCUGAACAAACUUUUCAGUCAUCAGGGAGAUCACAUUGAAUUUAAGUCUUCUCAGCCUGUGAGUUAUUCUCAAAGACCUUCACAGGCAUCUGACUUUCAAGAUUUUGAGCUGAUUCAGUCAAACCAAGCAGCUGAAAUCAAAGUUGAAAUUGACUCCGGGGACUUUGUUCUUGAUACCAGCAGUAGAAACACACAGCCGUAUUUGUGUAGUAAAUCACUGGAAACAGAGGAGAGCGGUUACAGUCAUUGUUACGAUUUUUCUGUAGGCACAGAAAAGAGUAAAGUUAUUAAGAAACUAUAUCAAUGCAGUGUUUGCUUUAAAACUUUUAAAUCACCUUCUAAGCUCGAAAGACAUUAUCUAAUGCAUGCUGGUCAGAAGCCGUUUGAAUGUUCGGUUUGUGGUAAAAAUUUUAGACAGGCCCCACAUUUGAAAAGGCAUCACCUUACUCACUUUAAAAAGAGCUUAAAAAUCAGUUCAACUGAGUAGGAUAGCAACUCCUAGAGAAUUUUUUUCAUCAAAAAUGGACAGUGUCCCAUUAAGUUAUAUAUGAAAAUUUUUGAAUACAUAGUAAAAGUCUUCUACUGACUGAACAAUUGACUGAAAAGGAUUAUCUCUUAUCUUACUGAGAUGAUCUGAUGAAAAGUUCAUUUACUGUCUUCAAAACUGUUCACAAAAUUGUCCACCUGAUGUGAUGUAUUGAGAAAACCGUAAAAACAAACAAAAAAAAAAUGGAACAAAACAUUUUGCAUUUCUUUUCUUUAAAAUGAAUUUAUAAAUGCUCAUUGUUACUGCAUUAUUAGUGUUGCAGCAAUCUGCAGUGUUCCCUGAAUCAGGUACUUUAAAAGUUACACCUCUUCCCAGCUAGUAUUUCAUGGCAGGAUGCUGUCCAGUGAUACCUAUCAAAAAGUAAAGAUAAAAAGAUAAUUCCUGGCAUACAGGAAAAUGGUCCUUUUACUUCUGCUUUCCUGUAUGUUGCAAACAAAGAAAACUUGCUUUGUUUAGUUCAUGCUUUUUUGAAAACGUUAUUUUUAGACAGAGAAGAUUCAAAAAAGAAAAAAUUGAGGAAGCAGAAAAAGUCUAAAAAUAAAAUUGUUUAUGUGGUAAUAUAGAACAGUUAGUAGAGAAAAAUGUUUACUGCUCUGUAAUAUGUUUCGAAAUCUAUGGAUGAGGAAUUAGGUAAUUUUCCUUAUUUAUGAUACAGUAUGAGUACUGAAGGUGUAUGAUCAAUUGAUCAGUAGGAUCAGUUCGUCCCUUUCACCACUUCAUUAUUUCUGCUUUUUAAUACAGUUCUUACCUUUUCUAACUUUUAUGCCAGUUUACAGAAUACUGAAGUAUUUUGCUGCAAGAGGACAAGAAAUUAACAUUAAUAUUAUUGUACACAUUGUCUGUUCACCAAGUACUAGUCUGCUUUCCUUCUAGCAUGCAUAUUGCACCAGUUACAGAAACAGCUGUAAGAUAUGAUAAUAACUAUGACAUGCCGUUUAGUCAGGAAGUCAUAUUCUCAUUACAUUAAAUACAAGAAAGAGAAAACGACAUUUAGUUCAUAUUAAGAGACUCUGUAGGUAUACUUAGUUUCUGGUAAGUAAAGAGAGCUUUGCCUAUUGUGUCUACAGGCCCGGCAAAAGCUAUAAAGGGAACUUUAGUGGAACUUUAUUCAUUCUAAGUAAGAAACUUUUUUUUUCCUGUGAAAAAACUACCUUUUAGUAUGUUUUCCAUUGUUGUAUAACUUCUAAAUCACUGAAACACAAAAGUUUUUAAUUCUAAAUCUAAAUUAACAUAUCUGUAAGAUAUAUGGCGUUCUUUUCACUAUUUAAACAUACAUAUUUAUUUAAGUAAACUGUUUUUGACUUUUUAAUUUUUGAAGUUUUUUUUCUAGGUCUUGUGGCAUAAGCGCUAUAGUAUUUGAUAUAAAUGAAGUGGCAAGUGAAGGGAUUUUUUUAUUUUAUUUUCAUACAUGUGUUUCCCAUUUUCAGAGAGAUUUAAACGAGGAAAAUGGUUGGAAACAGUCUGUAGUUACGAUCUUUGUAUGACAGGCUAAUUCAGUAUCUUGACUAUAGCUUACACACUGAGAUUUUUUUCUCCCUAUGUGAAUUGUUUCAUAUUGAAAGACAGAAUACUGUAUAAAAUGUUUUGAAGGUGUAUUGUAGAGCUCUUUUAAAAUACUUGUAAUAAACUAUUUUAUUUAUAUUGUACUUUUAUUGUACACUUUAUGUGCAAAGUAGAGUUUUGAAACUGCAUAGCAUUCAAUAUGCAGAAAAGUUGAAGACUAGUUGUUAAAAUAACUAACACUUUGCAUGUUAGAU